AGAUUAUUAUGACAACAAUAAAUAGAUGAGCGGAUCACGCACGGCACGUCAAUUAUAACGCUUGACACUGCUUAAAAUCGCAACUUCAUCUUAUCCCACCAAUCCCGGCCUCAAUCUUCACCAUGACUUUUCUCCCAGCUUCCUUGGAGCAUUGUCUUCCGCCCCUCAAACCAGAAUCUCUCCAAUGCAUCUACCAUUUGCUUUCAUACUCACCUCCUGAAAUCAAAAGAAGAUUACCUCUGAGACGAUGUGCUGCUGUGGCCGUCAUCUUAUUCGUGGGCCGACUAGGAGACCUUUAUGUGCUCCUGUCAACGAGAGCAGGCAAUAUGCGAACGUUCGCUCAUGAUACCGCCUUACCGGGUGGUAAGUAUGAACCAGGAGACAUAGAUGCUGAAGGUACAGCCAGAAGAGAGGCGUAUGAAGAGGUUGGGCUGCCUAAUGACCGAAAUAAAGUUCGCAAGCUCUGUAUACUCGACUCUUUUCUGACCGGUAACUCACUCAUUGUCACUCCUGUUAUCCUCCUGAUUACGGAUUAUACCUUGACGCCACUCCUUAACCCCGCUGAAGUUUCCCUUUUGUUUUCCAUGCCGCUAGCAUCAUUCCUACAUUCUCGACCUUCCAAGAUACCGUCGUUCCAGUACAGUAUAUUCCAUCGUCUUGCUUCAAUACCCCCCGGAACAAUCGAGUCCAUUCCACCGCCUCCGCCGAUUGCGUACGCGGAAGAUGAAGGUCAUGUCAGUUGGAAGGAGGGGAAGUUCUAUGGAUAUCGAGACGUCAAAUGGGGCGAGGGCAUGGUAAGAAUGCAUAGAUUCUUGACUGGAAGGGAAUCAAAUGGAGUAAAGCCGGUGUAUGGGCUCACAGCGGCUAUACUUAUCAAGACGGCAACAGUGGCCUAUAAUCGUUUUUCAGACUUCCCCGUAAUGGCGCCUGGACAGAGAAGUAUGGAAGAACGGAUAGAGUUUGAGAUACGGCAUGUUCAGAGUCCUUUGCGUAGGGCGCUCGAGGCGGAAGAGUUGUGUAAUGAAUGGCGGGAAGAUGGAGAAAUGAAGGCAAAGCUUUGAUUGUGACAAGCAAAGAGCGAUGUUAUCUCGUGUUGCGGCCUGUAUCUUCUUUUAUCAGAGAGCACGAACUGCCUGAUAUUUGAUGGGCUGCAUGGUUCCACAACAUGUGACGCUCGACGUGAUAGAAGGUUGUUUCUUGUCCCAGGAGCAGUUUUCAUAUGCGACUAUCAUCUGCGGACCCCUAAUGGUGCUCAAAAGGUACGUCUUGGUAAUAUGUAUUGUCUAUUCAUGAUUGCCCAAAAACUGGAAACCCGGAAAUCAAAGAAAGAGACGGACGACAAUGCUGUUAUAAAAUAUGA